AUGGAGAACAAGUUUACCUCACCUUACCUGACAGUGCAGUGCAGUGCCAGAGGUGGCAGGAAGAGAGCGAGGAGCAGAGCACCUGGGUGGCCUGUACUUUGUGAAGGAUCUGCAGCACACCCACCGGCAGGUGAGCUUGGUCUGCAGCCAGCUGGAGCCUUGCUUUCCCUGCCUGCCCUCCCCAGACAGCCUGUGGAUGCUGCUCCUCCGCCAGACCCAGACCUGGAAGGGCACCCAGGAGGAGCUGGACGCAGUGACCUGGGCCCUGGAGCUGUAUCUGUGGGCCGCUCUCGGACAGUGCGGCCAGAGGAUCAUGCUGGAGCUGCUCUUCACGGACAAUACUUUGCACAAACAGAAAGGAGAAGCAGCGCUGCAGCUAUGACGUCAGUACAAAUCCCUGGAUUCUGA